AUGGAUCAGAUGCUACCUAGUCCGGGAUUUUCAAUCCCUAGCAUCGGGACACCGUUGCACCAGCCGGAAGAGGAUCAGCAGAUUCUCCCCCAUGCCUAUCAGCAGCAACAAUCCAUGCCGCACAUGACACCGAUGGGUGGCCUUAGCUCUAGCAACUACACAAUGCCGGCUAUCGGUGCAUCGUCCGGCAAGAGCAUGCAUACGUAUGCGCCCAGUUUUUCCACACCGCAGAACAUGAUCCAACCACAGACGCCGCAAAGCUUAAUGUCACCCAUGGUACCGAUGACGGAAUCGAAAGCAGCAGCAACACCCAGCCAAACGCAGGGCAGCGGUGGCAGCGUCCGGGAUCCAGAAAACAUCGGCAGUGUAAACAUACACCAAACGAUGGGUCCCGCUACACCGAUGACGCCGAUGACACCGAGCGAACCGGCCAUUCUGCCCCAGCUGCAAAACAUCGUCUCGACGGUGAACUUAAGCUGCAAGCUCGAUCUCAAAAAGAUAGCCCUACACGCCCGUAACGCCGAGUACAAUCCGAAACGUUUCGCCGCAGUAAUUAUGCGCAUUCGGGAACCGCGCACCACAGCACUGAUUUUUUCGUCCGGCAAGAUGGUUUGUACCGGGGCGAAAAGUGAAGACGAUUCCCGGCUCGCCGCACGCAAAUACGCACGUAUCAUACAGAAGCUCGGCUUUACGGCCAAAUUCCUUGACUUUAAAGUACAAAACAUGGUCGGCAGCUGUGACGUACGGUUUCCGAUUCGGCUCGAAGGUUUGGUGCUGACGCACGGACGGUUCAGCUCGUACGAACCAGAGCUGUUCCCCGGGCUCAUUUACCGUAUGGUGAAACCGCGUAUCGUACUGUUAAUUUUCGUGUCCGGCAAAGUUGUGCUCACCGGUGCCAAAGUGCGGCAAGAGAUCUACGAUGCAUUUGAAAACAUCUAUCCAAUUCUCAAGAGCUUCAAAAAACAGUAA